UUCCGGGAAAACGACAACAAAAACUCUCUCUGUGCAAAUGAAACCUUUGCCAAUUGUGAAUUUGUCACUUUUUCUUCUCCUUUAUAGCUAGUAGUGCACAGUUGCCAAUUUCCAGUGGAUUCUAAACUUUGAUUUUUCAUCAUUUUUGCUUCUCUCAUCUGCAAAGCACCCAAAAAUGGCGGCGACUUUAUCAUCUCCCGUGUUUGCAAUCUCAGCCUCGUGCUCUUCUUAUUCAUCAUCUCUAAAAUCAAGGAAUUUCAAUUUCAAUUUCAAUUUCGCUUCUUCAAGCUACUCACUUUCCCAUUUCCGUCACAAUUCCCGUUCUUCUCGUCCAUUUCUUUCCAGGAAAUUAUAUAAAGUCCAUGCAACACUUCUACAAGAUAAUGAGGAGCAAGUCGAAGUGGAGGAGUCCUUUCCACCCAGUACUUCACUUCAUGAUCAAGUGAAUGGAAGCAGGGAGGGGCCAUCAGAGAGCUCCUCUUCAAGUACAUUGGAGAAAAUAGUUAUCAAGUUUGAGCAUUCGGUGAACAUAUUACUUACGGAUUCAGUGAUAAAGAUACUUGAUACCUUGUAUCGUGACAGAGAUUAUGCCAGAUUCUUUGUGCUGGAAACUAUUGCAAGAGUCCCCUACUUUGCUUUUAUGUCCGUUCUACACAUGUAUGAGAGUUUUGGUUGGUGGAGAAGAGCAGAUUAUUUGAAAGUGCAUUUUGCUGAGAGCUGGAAUGAGAUGCACCACUUGCUUAUCAUGGAGGAAUUGGGAGGAAACUCGUGGUGGUUUGACCGCUUUCUUGCUCAACACAUUGCAAUCUUUUAUUAUAUUAUGACGGUCUUUAUGUAUUCAAUCAGCCCAAGAAUGGCAUAUCAUUUCUCUGAAUGUGUAGAGAGCCAUGCAUUUUCAACCUAUGACAAAUUUAUCAAGGCUCGAGGAGAUGAGCUGAAAAAGUUGCCUGCACCUGAGAUUGCUGUGAAAUACUACACUGGAGAUGAUUUAUACUUAUUUGACGAAUUUCAAACUUCCAGACCUCCCAACUCUCGGAGGCCAAAAAUAGAGAAUCUGUACGAUGUUUUUCUGAACGUCAGAGAUGACGAAGCUGAACAUUGCAAGACAAUGAAGGCGUGUCAAACUCACGGCAACCUCCGGUCCCCUCAUUCGUACCUAGAAGAUGAACUUGAUGACAAGGGUGCUUGCGCAGUUCCUCAAGCAGAUUGUGAAGGAAUUGUGGAUUGUUUGAGAAAAACGGUCACAACUCCAAGUCCAACAACGCAAAAGUAAAUAUACAUACAUGAGAGAACCACACAAUAGCUAGAACUCUUGACUAUAUAUAGUGGAAGAAUUGUACACAUAGAAACAAUGUAGAUCAAUAAAGGUCUUUAAUUGUUCAAUAUUGAUGGUUUAAUGUAAUUUUGUUGCAUUAAGCCAUGUUGAAUAAAUACGCAUCUUAUGCACCUAAAGCAAGCUGGGAAAGCUUUUUGCUAUAUUUGUUGCAGGUGGAAAAUUUAUUUACCUGUAAGAUUAAUAUAAUUUUAUUCU